GGUAAUUGUGAAGGUAAACACAUUAACUCACCUGGAUAUUCCUCGUUUUUUUCUGUGGAAUACAAGUCAGUUCCGCACUUGGUCGUAUUUCCUAGUCCAUGAUUUUUAUUUUAACGCGACAGUUUCCUCUUCACACUCAUUCUUCAUCGUAGCCUAAAGAAUUUAAUUCCGAGCACGAUUGAUCAACCGCUCGAUCGAACGAAAGUUAGCUGCAAACGCGUACGUGAUUGUAAAGAGGAGUGUAGGAGGGUGAGGAAACAUUCCCUUAGGACUGAACAACAAUGCCAAGCAUGAACCUUACCACCAAAUCGUCGCACAGUAUCUCAGCCGAUAACUCAUCAACCUCUGAUUACAGCUUGGGGCUCCCAGUUGACAUACCUCCAAUAACUCUGGGAAUAUUAAUCCUCUUGGCCAACGGCGUCGUCAUAGUUUUAGUAGCAAGGAAACAAAGAUUAAGAAGUUUAACAAACUUGUUGUUGUGCAGCCUGGCUUUAUCAGACCUCCUAACCGGGGUGAUCAGUAUACCAUUGUUUCUGAUGUGCAACUUAUUACAUAAGCCUGGAAUAUGUAUUGCUGAGGAUCAAAUGCUGCGAUUUACGUCGAUUUCAACCGUUUGCCACCUCGUGGCUGUUAGCGUAGACAGGUAUCUCGCCAUUAUUCAUCCUUUGAGGUACAAGGCGAUUUUUACUCACUCAAGAUGCAUUUCUGUCAUUCUGAGUAUCUGGUUGUUAUCAGCUACCAUGGCUUUGGUCCAGCUAAGUUGGAUGAACCCAGUAGAUCACGACCCACAUCAGGAACUCACCCCUGACGUAAUUAAGAAGGAGAAUAUUUAUGACGUCACAUGCGUCCUUGCUUUCACUGUUGUUCCGUUAGUCUGUAUGGUCUUCGUCUAUGCAAGAAUCUUCAAUGAAGUCUCGCGACAGAUCGAAUUCCUCCGAAAGCAAACUGCGCCUGAUAGCCAGGAUUCUCGAAAGCUGAAAUACGUCGAGAGGAAAGUUGUGACAACUUUUGCAGUAAUGUUAUUGGUCUAUGCCGUUUGCUGGUUGCCGUACUUCGUCCUUCGACUGUAUCGUCUGGAUCAUAUAAGAGUUAUUAUCAUGUACGUCAUCCUGUGGCUGCGAUUCCUGUCGUCCUUUCUAAACCCAUGUUUAUACAUCUUUGGAAAGAAGGAUUUCCGAUCGGCUCUGAAGUGGUCAGGGAGGAAAGAUAAACGUUACCAUUAUAAAGACAUGAUUCCGCUCAAACGUGUGGGGGCUCCAGUAUAAAACUCAAUGCAAGGACAUUCAAAGCGUGGAAUCUGUAAAUCUGUCCCAGAGGAGGCAACAGACGUAGAUACAACUAAGGCGUCGGCUGCAAUGUGUUAAUUCCGCUUCAGUUAUACUUUCAGUUUAAGAUGGAAUCAGAAAUUUUACCUUGUUCUAAAACUUCAAAUCUGUGAGCUAUAGCUGACGGAAUUAAUAUCUCACCAGUUGCGAGGCCGUUUUUAUCAACAAGACUAAUAUCUACAAGAAUUAAACUUUUUGAGUACAAUUAACAAUCAAGUUGUUUGCUAGUUUACUUGAAUUGUAUGCGAACGUAAGACCCCCACUGGAAAAUGAAACCCAUACCUUAGCCGAAUACAUAAAGAAUAAUUCAUGGGCGCACGUAUAUGUAGAAUUUCUCUCCGAGCGUUUAUUUAAUUCGAUACCUUGCGUUGAACACGAGAAGAGAAAUUUCAUAUCUGCAAGCAACCAUGUAGUUUAUUAUAUAAACAGCAUAGGCCUUUGCUGAUAAGAAAAGCCGACUUUAUUAACGGUAUACGCUUUGUCAUUCUUUUAUCAUCCUGACAAAGUGAUGCGAAAAGCGAGUGACGUGUCAGCGGCAGAUUGGCGGUAUCAAACACAGGUAUUGCAAUUUUACACGAGUGCUUUUACCGAUUUUCUCAGUGCUUGAAAUCCUAGUAAAAAUCCACAGUUUCUAUAAUAGAAAAUGUAAAAUGUU